GCAAUUCGCUAGGGAAGCCUCCAAGAGUUUCCCCAGGAGCCCCCUGGAGCUUCCCCAGUGGUUUUCUCACGGGAGCCACGCACUGAGCAUUCCUGGGAGCGUUUCAAGUACAUCCCAAGAGUCCAGCCCACAAGCCCGCCGGGGAUCUCAUAACAUUCCUAAUGCAUUUCGAUUCAAGCAAUGAUCUCCAAAUUUUCCGCAGUUCUUGCCAUGAUGGUUUCUUUCUGUUUCAGCGGUGUUGGCCGACGCGCGAUUUGACCGUUGGUGGUGGUGCGUUCGACAGGUGCAUAUAUCAGAAGACCUGUCGGUUAUACCAUGAAUUGUUUUCGCAACGUGUUUGUUGAAGACGACACGGUCAUCGAGCGCCUUGCUGUCCAGGAUGGCGAAGCCGUGCACCGGACGGUUCCCCCCGAGAGAUGGUGCUUAUUUCGAAAGGACUUCGCUCAAUUUCAACGCGUCGUGCGCAAUGCAAUAUUUGCAGGCGCAAUUGUACCGACGCGGAGCGACCGAUUCGAUCUGAAGUGCCCUACGACGAUAGGCCCUUCCAUCUACACGGUCGUGGACCAGUUUAUCAAGGCUGUCACGUUGAAGGCUGGGAGCGUCAGCUGGGCACUCAUGCUGCAUCCGGGCGGCGUGCCCUGCGACCUCUACAUCACGCACGCGUGGGCAGAGGGCGUGCACGAGUUCGUCGACAAGGUAUGGAACUCGUGGCCGCGGGGAGCAGGCGCAGCGUAUUGCUGUUUCCUGUCCAACCCGUUGAACCUGAACAUUGCCGACCUGAUCGCUACCCCCUCGUCCUCGCCAUUUGCGAAAGCUCUGAGUUCUGCGCGCUGUAUGCUGGUGAUCCCCAACCAUGAGGUCAGCAUAUACCGGAGAAUGUGGUGCUGCUAUGAGGCAUACUUGGGGUACAGCCUUGACAAGGAAAUCUACACUGCAACUGCUUCGAUCCAACGCCCGUUCCAUUUGGCUUUGAUGUUUUUGGCUUAUGAGGCAAUAUUCAUUGUCAUGAUGCUGGUUUUCGCUUACAUGUUUCACUGUCUGCAAAUUCAGAGUCCGAUGCUGGAGGUUGAGAGAGCGAUGUCGUUUCCAGUGUGCCUCUUCGGGUGGUUUGUUUCUGUUGGCCUGCCAAGGAAGUGGAUGGUCAUCACAUGUAAUGUAUUAUGUGCACUUUCUGCGGCCUGUUGGUGUGCCGCAUGUGUGUACGAGUCGUUCUGGCAAGGGCACGUUACAUACAGAGCUGUGGUGCUUCCUUUGAUCUUCUCUGUCAUAACUCUCGCGAGUGUACUAGAUGACGCGCUUCGAAGGAAGAGGCGCGAGGAGAGCAGGCAGCUGACCCAAGGGUUCAAAGGACGUAUGCGGGAUGCAUCUUGUUCCAGCUCGGAAGAUCGCGGGCGCAUCCUCGACGAAGUGUCCAUGGCCGGCGUGGAGCAGCAAGUGGACGAAGCGAUAGCUGUGCUGGUGAUUGCCAGGAUUUCCACCAAGAGCCUCCGGAACGCCUCCAUGUUAGCCAACAGGCCACUGGAAGGCAUAGGCGAUUCCAAGUUUGAUUGGUUGUUGGCUGGCGUCAUAGGGUGGAUUGCAGCAAUGUUUUCUGAGUGGGAAGGGGCAUGCGUGCCAUCUUGGAGAUGGUUCGGCGAGGCGCAAAUACUUUUGAUCGUCGCAUGCAUUUUUUCAAUGAAGCCCGACAAGCGCUGGUUCGCAGCCGUCGCCCUUGGAUAUUCUAACAGGACCUUCUUGUUAGUAUUCAGCCUAUCUCAUAUCUUGGCCCCUUGGCAUCAAGUGUUAUCUUAUGUUGUUUGCGCUAUUUAUCUAGUCGGCUACUUUGUCAUUCUGCCACUAGCCUGGACAAUUAUUAUUGCUGGCCCACAUGGUACAGCACAGAUUCCCCUUCUAGGCCCGUGGCUUGUACGCCAUCUAGUGGCAGUGGGCAGCGGCCAACUGCUGUACUUCAAAGACAGAAACAGGCUGACAAUGAGACAGCUAGCUGAUGCGAGCAUCGAAGAUUUAGUACCGAUGCUGUCAAACCGGCACCUGGAGCACAGAAGAUUCAGCACCCUGAGCGUCGAAGAGUUAGGCAAAACCCGCUCCAGCACCACGAUCGCUGGCUUUGCGGAAGCUUGAGAGCCCGCAGCAGCGUCGAGGUGCACCCCGCACGGGUGUGCUCCAUGCCUCGCCGAGCUGCUUCGCGUUGCCUUCGCGCCAGAGUUCGCCGCAGCAGGUGUGGGGGCAGGCGCGGGGCCUGCCCGCGGAGAGAAA